AUGUCUAAAACGAGGUUAAAUAUGUUAGGCCGCAGCGUGGGCCGUUUGCGCGCCAAGAGCAUUCCCGUGAUCCGAUCACCACGGUCGUCAUCGAGCGCCGCCUUCGCCUGCCACGCAAAGUGUGGGCGCUUGACCGCCGCGCACCUCGACACACCGGGAUCGAACGCACCGCGAUCGCACGCACCUCCUGCGACCUGUAGCAGCUUCAAGGGAGGCAGGGCAGUGCACGGGUGGUGGGCGAGAGGUCAGUUGAACGCUGUGGUGUGGUGUGGCGCCACUCGUGGCACGGGCAGCAUGCAGCCUCAGGCAGAAGGACCCAAGUACGCCCAUCCGCAGGUGGUCUUCUUCACCUGCUUCUUCAAGGCGGCAGCGCUGGGGUUCUACCUGCUGGGAAGCUGGUUCACGAGCAGCUUUGUGAUUGACUUCGUGGUGUGCGUGCUGCUCAUCGCGCUCGACUUCUGGGUGGUGAAGAAUGUGAGCGGUCGCAUCCUCGUGGGGCUGCGCUGGUGGAACGAGACGGAUGAGGCCGGCGAGACGCUCUGGCACUUCGAGUCACUCGACCAGGCUUCGUUGGACCAGUUGAGCAAGACUGACGCAUGGGUCUUUUGGUGGACACUCUAUUGCACGCCAGCAUUAUGGCUGGGGCUGGGGCUCAUUCAGGUCAUCCGCCUCAGCUUCGACUAUCUCCUCAUCAUCAUCGUUGCUCUCGUGCUCGGCGCCGCCAACAUCUACGGCUACACCAAGUGCCGCCGAGAUGCCAAGAAGCAGAUCCAGCAGUUUGCAGCACAGACCAUGGCGCAGAAUUUCGCCUCCACUCUCACCUCUGCCCUCGCAAACGCUCCCUUCUGGAUCAUCCUCCCUGCAGGAAAAUUCGAGUCCCUGCGGAUCGCCGCAGCCCUCCAAGUGGUCACGCGCGUGUUCCACAGCAGCAGCGGCAGCAGCCGCAAGCAGGUGGGACCAAACGCGGGCAUGGGCGCGUACGCGCAGAGCGGCAACAUCGGCAGCAUCAACAACCAGAACACCGUCAACGACCAAACCGCGGACGCCACCAAAACCGGGCCUGGCACUCCCGGCGUCAUCGCGACACCUUACUCGCAGUACCAGAAGCGAGGAGCUACGGCGUACCAGACCAACACGCAGUCGCAGACGGCGACGACCAAUGGCAUCACCCCCACGUACCAGUUCGGCUCCACGUCAGCGACCAGCACGAUUACGGCCCUAGGCGGCGGGGGCGCCGGGUACGGCGGGGUAGGAGCUCUUGCGGGGGGUACGGGAGCGGCGCUCGGCGCGCUGAGCAGCGCAGGGGUGCCGUUUGCGACGUCGCUAAUGUCGACGAAUCCGACUGGUGAUCCUAUUGGCGAAGGGGUGAGGUGCGUGAGUCAGUUUGCCGGUGGCGGGUGCAGCGAGGAGGGGUUUCUGCCCGCAGCGCAUGCGAGCGCGAGGCCCAUCGAGGUGAUCUCUGAGCUUGGAGCGGCAAGGGCGUAG